UUCACUCUCCCCUCUCUCUUUUCUUUUUUUCCCUUAAAUUGUCCGUCCGAUUGAUCGCCGGAGCACCACGACCGUUAGAUCCGCUGACCACAUUCCGGCGAUCCGUUUUUUCAGCUGACUUUCUCCAAAUUUCCGAUCAAUCAACGGUGAUAAAUCCAACCAUUUAUGGAAGAAUAAAAAACCCAAUGGAAAUCCUCAUUAUCCUUCUCCAAUCUAAACUCUUUCAGAUCCAUUUUUGAAAUUUAUUAUGGGCAAUUGUUCCAUGCAUGCUGAUCCAUUGAAACCUCAGAAUCACCAUCGUUGAAUUCCUAAUACUAGCUCCAUUAGUCAGCCUAAUCCUUAUUAGUUUUUUUUUGCGGGUUCAAAAUGUUGAAGAAAAUAAUGAAAGGAGGGCAUCGGAAGCCUUCCAAAUCGGAUUCAAAUGAAGCAUCUUUAUACGGGUCAGGUCCAACGCCCAAUGUGGUCGUCAACCACGCUUCUCGGGCCGGAACGGGCGCAGGAGGCCCAAAUUACGGGGUCCCAAUGGUUCCACCUCCGAUGGGUGCCGUGGAACCCUUGCCGUUAUUCCGAGACGUCCCCGUUUCGGAGAGACAGAAUUUGUUCAUGAGAAAAUUACAGAUUUGUUGCUUCCAACUUGAUUUCUCCAACACCUUAAAAUCAGUCCGAGAAAAAGAAAUCAAGCGGCAAACGUUGAUGGAGCUCGUAGAUUUUAUUCAAUCCGGGUCGGGCAAAAUCACGGAGAUGUGUCAGGAAGAGAUGAUUAAAAUGAUCGGAAUCAACAUUUUCAGGUGCCUCCCUCCGGCGUCUCACGAGAACACGGGGCAAGAAGCCAAGGAUCCUGAAGAAGAUGAACCGUAUUUGGAACCCUCAUGGCCGCAUUUACAGCUCGUUUACGAGCUUCUUUUGAGAUAUGUAGUGUCCUCGGAAACGGACACCAAGGUUGCCAAAAGAUACAUUGAUCACUCGUUUGUUUUAAAGUUGCUUGAUUUGUUUGAUUCGGAGGAUCCCAGGGAAAGAGAGUAUUUGAAAACCAUUCUUCAUAGGAUUUAUGGUAAAUUCAUGGUGCAUCGUCCGUUUAUUAGGAAGACCAUAAAUAAUAUUUUCUAUAGGUUUAUAUAUGAAACGGAGAGGCAUGGCGGGGUCGGAGAGCUUUUGGAGAUUCUAGGAAGUAUUAUUAAUGGUUUCGCGUUGCCUAUGAAAGAGGAACAUAAGUUGUUCCUUGUGAGAGCUUUGAUUCCUUUGCAUAAGCCGAAACCUGUAUCUAUGUAUCAUCAGCAGUUGUCUUAUUGUAUUACUCAGUUUGUUGAGAAGGAUUACAAGCUGGCUGAUACGGUUAUUAGAGGGCUGUUGAAGUAUUGGCCUUUGACUAAUUGUCAAAAGGAAGUUCUCUUCCUCGGAGAACUUGAGGAAGUACUUGAAGCAACGCAGUCUGCAGAGUUCCAACGAUGUAUGAUUCCUCUUUUCAGACAGAUUGCACGUUGCCUCAAUAGCUCUCAUUUUCAGGUUGCGGAAAGGGCCCUUUUCUUGUGGAAUAACGAGCACAUUGUGAGCUUAAUUGCCCAGAAUAGACAGGCGGUGUUACCAAUCAUCUUUGAAGCAUUGGAGAGGAAUAUCCAAACUCAUUGGAAUCAGGCAGUUCAUGGGUUGACUGUGAAUGUGCAGAAGAUGUUCUUGGAAAUGGAUGCUGAGUUAUUUGACGAGUGUCAGAGACAGUUUGCAGAGAAAGAGGCCAGAGCCAGAGAGAUGGAAGAGCAACGAGAAAUGACAUGGAAGAAACUGGUAGAUGCGGCAGUGGAAAGGGGGGGAGACAAUAUGGUUACCGUCUAACUGAUUAAUCACAGUUGCUCUGACAACCUAAAAAAAAACUUGGAUUUGGGUUGAUGGAUGUGCUGCAGCUGUUCCCUUCUCCAUUUUGGUGGUAUUCUUUUUUUUUUCCCUUUUUUUCCCCUAAUUUUUCUUUAAUUUUCUUUCAUAUUUUUAUUUUUGGUCUCAAUCAGAUCAUUGAAAAUACCCGAGAAAGAGCAGCGAUAAAUGUAAUUUUAAAAUGAAUUGCAUUUUUUUUGUCACGCAAUUUGUUCUUCCAACGCAAAAAUUAUCAGAUUUUUUUUAGUUUGUAUUGAUAGUACUUGAAAUUUUCAUUCUUUAUGAUCAAACUAGGAUCAACAUCCCUUGGUUUGGUCGGUUAAGUGAUACUCAAAACUGACAAGACAGGCAUUCUCAUUACAGAGUGUCACUGUCUGAAUUGUCUGUUUGAUCCUGCGAUGUUAGGAUCGGGAGAUUAGUUGCAUAGAAGUUGAGAUAUGUGUCAGAUUAGAUCAGUUUCUUCUGUAUCUGAAAACAAUUUCAGAAAGCUGUCAAGCCGACAAGGCAUGCAAUCAAAAACCAAUUAUGGAACUGAAAAUUUCACAUGAUCCUUGGAUUUGU